UUCUUGUAUUUCCGGUUAGCAAAAAUGGCUCAGGGUAAACAAAAGUUUAAAGCUCAGCGGCCAGGAGCCUCCAAGAAAAACCAACAAAACAAACAGAAAGGACCGAAGAAAGGAGGGAGGAUCAUCGCACCCAAGAAGGCUCAAGUGGUUCAGCAACAGAAACUGAAGAAGGGUCUAGAAGUUGCCAUCAGGAACAAGAUUGAGCAGGAGGUGACCCAGAGGGCCAGCUCCUCCCUCCACAAGCCGCUGAGUGUGGUUAAAGGGUCUGAAAGUAAAGGCAACCCAGGAGCAGCCCGUCCAGGAAGCAGCUCCAAGUAGGACCAGAUACCACACCUCGCACCUACAGACCUGAAUCUGAUGAUGUUACAACACAAAGGACUGAGUUGAAGCAUCAGUGAGCUAAAUUUAAUAUUUCAAAUGUAACCUGUCCUGUUCCCAAGUCACUCACUGUUUGAGGCAUAUAGAAAUAAUCAGACAUACUUGUAAAGAUGCUUGUUUAAGUUCAUCAAAGACACAUUCAAAACAAGAGACAAGACAUUUUUGGAUGAAAUGCAUCACAGGGUCAUGAACAUUACAUAAACAUCCACUGGAUGGCACCACAGGACUUUACACUUUACACUGCAAUGAUUAAAACAGAAAGGACAUUAAAACGUAAUUCUACUUGGAAAAGGUAUUCUGUCACAUUUUUGUAUAGUCAUCAUUAUAUAGAAAAUAAAUAAGGAUAAUGAGAUUCAGAGCUCUCUGAGAACGAAAUGGGCUUGACAAAAAAGGUUUGAUGGUGUUGUGUCAGUUCAUUGUCUUUAUUCCAAUCCAGCUGUGAGGAUGUUCACACAUAAGGAGUAGGGUCUGUGAAGAUGAUCCUAGUAGCAGAGAAAGUGAAAAGCAAAAGAAUUUCAGCAUUCAACUUAAAUAUUCUUGCACCUGUCACUGUCCUUUCAAAUAUGUUCAAGACACUUUGCAAGUGUAAAUUCCAGCCAUGCUGAUCACUUCUGUAAAUAUUUAAUGGUAUUGAAACAAUCUGUUGUGAGCAGGGUGGGAAUGUGGCCUGGAAAAUACAGCACAGAUGAAUGAAUCCAUCCAGAUCAUGUGCAGGCUGGCAGUAAAACUGAUUUGAGUGUUUCCGAUAAAUUUUUCAAAUGUGAGAAAUUAGAAGUGGGUUUCUCAUCAGGAUUUUAUUGUUUGUUUAACAAUACACUUUCCAUUAGCUGAUUGAAUGCAAAGUUUUUGUAAUUGCUUUAUUUUUUUGAAUGGAGUAUUUUAAUUAAAUAUUAUUUUGAGAAGUG